AUGUCCGGCGGAUUUGCCGACUUUGAUGCCGGCCAUCGGGAUUUGGUGACGGUGACCAAGUUCAAUUUCUACGGUAAUCGCAUCGUCACUGCAUCAUCCGAUCAUCGCAUGAAAGUGUGGGAUCUGAAAGACGGUCAAUGGCAACUGACAGACACCUGGCGUGCCCAUGACGCGGAGAUUCGCGAUGCAACAUGGAACGGUCCCUUUACAGGCCAGCAUAUCGGCAGUGUGGGGGAAGAUAUGAAGUUUAAAAUCUGGCAGGAAGAUGUCACACAACCGCCCAAUUCAGGUCGGCGAUUCAGGUCGAUCUUUCGGAUGACCGCACCGCAAAGACACCCGUUCGUUUCUCUGGAUUUCCGUAACAUCGAUCUAGAGUCGUGGCUGGCUCUGAUUACGCGAGAUGGCUACUUAAUGGUCAUGGAACCCGUCAGCCCGGACAGUCUUGCGGACUGGCAGCCCCUCGACCAGUUCCGCGUGUGUGCCGCCCCGGAGCGCGGCGAGGAAACCAGCUUCCGGGUCCAGUUUCAUCACGAUCCCACGGAUAUCACGCACACCCUCCUGCCGGAAUCGGAACGGAAGAGUCUUUCACUUGUCGUGGCGGCGAUGGACACGGUCAAAGUCUAUCGCACUGACGCGAACCGUCAGUUCUAUCAUGCCAUUGAGUUGAAUGGCCAUACGGGUCUUGUGAGAGACAUUUCGUGGGCAAAUGGCUCCGUGCGUGGGUACGAUCUCAUUGCGAGCGGGGGGAAGGACGGCUUGGUUCGCAUCUUCGAAGUGUAUACCACGGCCAACACCCACAGCUCACAAAAUGCAAGCGGGCGGAAAUCGGAAGCUAGGACGCAGUCGCCUUCGAUUCGGUCAACGACUCAGUCCGGGAUUGGAACCGCACUGGCAAACCGUGCGCCGAAAUCCACGUCCAACCGUCGGGCGAGUGGAGAUACGCAGUUCCGCCACUCCUGCAAGCAGGUCGCCUGCGUGGACAGCAAACACCUCGAUGUGUGGCAGGUGGAGUUUUCUUUUGCUGGUGACGCUCUCAUCUCGUCGGGGGAUGAUGGAAUUGUUCGGUUCUGGAAGAAAUCCUUGUCAGGGGAAUGGCUUGAGUAUGCCGAGACCGACAUGGCAUCUCAAUGA